AUGUCCUGUCCUCUCAGGACGUCACGUUUGACGAGUCGGUUCCCUUUUACCGUCUCUUCCCCUUCCGUGCUGCCCCUCUCCCCCCACCCCCCGCCGCUCUUCCUCACUCCAGGUCCCUCUCCGGUAGACCCCCUCCCCUCUCAGGGUCCUGCUCCUUCAGGUGUGUCUCAGGUAGACCCACUUCCAAUUGCUGAGCCUUUCAAGGUCAUUGUCGACUCUGAUGCUGUUGGAGGUGGUGCUUCUAGGGAUGCUGCGUCUGGGGGUGAUGAGCCUGAGGGUGCGGGGCCUGGGGGUGCUGAGCCUGAGGGUGCGGAGCCUAGGAGUGCUGAGCCUAAGGGUGCGGAGCCUGGGGGUGCUGAGCCUAGGGGUGCUGAGCCAGAGGGUACUGAGUCUGGGGGUACUGAGCCUAGGGGUACUGCAUCUGCAGGAAUUCCUGCGAUGUCGCUGCUAGCGCUGGAGGCCCUACUGCUGGUGGUACUGGUGCUGGAGGCACUAAUGCUUAAGGCGCUAGAGCUGGAGGCGCUGGAGCUGGAGGCACUGGAGCUGGAGGCCCUGGAGCUGGAGGCGCUGGUGCUAGAGGCGCUGGUGCUGGAGGCGCUGGAGCUGGAGGUACUGGAGCUGGAGGUGCUGGUACUGGAUGCGCUGGUGCAGGAGGCGCUGGAGCUGGUGGUACUCGUGUUAGAGGUGCUAGUGCUGGAGGUACUGGUACUGGAGGCGUUGGAGCUGGAGGUUCCAGUGCUGGAGACGUUGGAUUUGUAG